AUGAGCCAAAGCACAGAGAACAAGGACGCACCAACAACACGAAUGGAAAGAGUCGUGGUAUGGGAAGGAGAAUGGGCUCCUGUCCGGCGAUUUUUCCAUCAUGUCUUGGUUUUGAAGGACAAGAUUAUAAAGACGUCCGUAGAUACUGUAGAUAGUACCACUAAAACACUCUGUGAAACAAAGACAUCCGUCGUAAAGACCACGGAAUCAUCUCUUCAUCAAACACUCCAAUGGAAGGAUUCAAAUCCUGCUUUGGUCAUUCCAGCCGUUUCAGCACUCGUCCUCUUCAUUAACCGUAAUCCAAGAAUUUUCGUGAGAAACUUUGUUUUAGCGUCGGCUUUCGUUUCUGCAGCUUUAUAUCCAAAGAUCUUCGUUCAAGCCUUCUAUAAGCCAAAGGAAUUCUUAGAGAACUCUUUCGUUUCCUAUGAGAAGAGAGCUGAAGAAAGAAAGGCUGCUCAACAAGCUUUACAAACAACAACAGCACCAUCAACUGCAACAACAGCAACUACAGAAACAGUGAUUGAAAAACCACCAAAGGAAGAUAGUGUCUUAUCGGAGGUGCCUCAACAAACGGUCGUCGUAGACACUACCACAACAACCACUCCAAAUGUUGUUGAGGAAAAUAAGGCUUAA